GAACAAAUGUCCGCUGGAGCAAAUUUUUCUAGAAAAAUUCGAAUAACUCGAGAAUUGCUGGUUCAAAUUGCAAAAAAGAUAAACACAUUGAUACCAUAUCAAAACUAAAUUUUAUUUUAAGCCAUACCGUUCUUAAUACAUUAAAUUCAACAGGAAAUUUUUCAAUGACAAAUACUUGGGGGUAUAAAAAUGUAACAACCGGGAUUUACUCCGGAAUGGUUGGCGAAUUACAAGCAAAAAGAGCUGAUUUGGGAGGUACCGCAGUAUUUUUUACAAUCGAUAGAACGGAAGUAAUGGAAUACAUUGCACCAACAACUCCAACGAGGGCCGUUUUUAUGUUUAAAGCCCCGCCACUAUCUUAUGUCCACAACGUUUUAACUUUGCCAUUUUCAAAAAUCGUAUGGUUGGCAAGUUUUUUAUUGGUGGUGUUAAUCUGCAUUUUGAUUUACAUAAUUGCAAGGUGGGAGUGGAGCGAUGAAGAAUUUAAAAAAAAUUUGGAAGGAAAACACAACGUUUUAGAACCUGAUUUUAUGGAGUGCGUCGUUCUUAGUUUAGGUGCCGUUUGUCAACAAGGAAGUGAAGUUGAACCAAGAAGCGCUGCCGGAAGAAUAGCGGCAUUUAUAGUUUUUUUAAUUCUUAUGUUUUUAUACACAUCUUAUUCCGCAAAUAUCGUAGCUUUACUUCAAUCCACAAGCGAUAGUAUUAAUACAGUUGAGGAUUUACUUAAUUCAAGGAUUCAAUUAGGUGUUGAAUUAACACCUUACAGCAAAUAUUAUUUUGAAACUGCUAAUGAUGAUGUAAGAAAAGCAAUUUAUCAGCAGAAAAUCGCACCAAAAGGAACCACAUCGAAUUUUAUGGAUCUUUACACUGGUAUUAAAAAAAUGAGAGAGGAAUUUUUUGCUUUUCACGUUGAGGCAUCCAUAGGAUAUAAAGUUGUGUCUGAAACAUUUCAGGAAAAUGAAAAAUGCGGUUUGAGAGGAAUUGAAUUUCUCCAAGUUAUCGAUCCUUGGGUUGCUGUUGCUAAAAAUAGCAGUUAUAAAGAACUUUUUAAGUUUGGAUUUAGGAAAUUGCAUGAAACCGGCGUUCAAAAUCGGGAAUUUAGAAACGUUUACGUUCGAAAACCAGUUUGUCAACGAGCAGAAAGCAAUUUUAUGAGCGUUGGUUUAAUCGAUUGUUAUUAUUCCUUUUUAAUAUUUGGAAUUGGUAUUGGAACUGCUUUAAUUGUAUUAAUCGUUGAAAAUGUCGUUCACAAAAAAUGUAUCAAAAACUCACAAUUAGAUCGUUAUAACAUGUAUCAAACAAUUCUGAACGUUUCUUGUGUUAUAACACAUAAAGAUACGUGGAAACAUAUGUGGGAUUACCGAAAUAACCAUAUUGAUGUUCAAUCAAAAAUAAGUUAUAUUUUAAGCCACACAAUUCUUCAUUCAAUGAAUGCUACAGGAAAUUAUUUAGUGAGAAAUUCAUGGGGAUUUAGAAAUGCUAGUACUGGUUUGUACGAUGGUAUGGUUGGUGAUGUACAAAGAAUGAGAAUAAAAGAGCUACUGUCCGAAAUGGAACACAUUUUAAUGUUAAUUAGAUAUUACUUUAAUUGGAAUUUUAUUUUAGGUACUGGAGCAUUUACUACAAUUGACAGAAUAGAAUUCGUAGACUAUAUCGCACCAAUAUAUAAAUCAAAAGCAAGUUUUAUGUUUCGAGCCCCACCAUUAUCAUCUGUUAGUAAUGUUUUAACAUUACCGUUUACCAAACAAGUUUGGAUGGCAAGUUUCUUUCUGUCCAUUUUAAUUUGUACGGUGAUGUAUAUAAUUUCAAAAUGGGAGUGGAGCGAAGAUGAUUUUAAAAUCACUUUCGAGAGAAAAUCGGACGUUUUGCGUCCGAGUUUUAUCGAAUCCUUCGUUUUUAGUUUAGGCGCAAUUUGUCAGCAAGGCUGCAAAGUUGAGCCGAAAAGCGCAGCGGGAAGAAUUUCCGCUUUGGUAUCGUUAUUAAUUUUCUUAUUUUUAUACACGUCGUAUUCCGCUAAUAUUGUUGCUUUACUACAAUCAACCAGCGAUAGUAUUAACACCAUUGAUGAUUUGCUUAACUCAAGGAUUCAGUUGGGUAUGGAGUUAAUGCCUUAUAAUCAUUAUUUUAAAUUAAGUUAUGGUGUAAGAAAACAACUUUAUGACACGAAAAUUGAACCAAAAGGAUCUUCCCCAAAUUUUUUGGAUAUUGAUGCGGGUAUGAAGAAAGUGCGAGAAGAAUUUUAUGGUUUUUAUGUUGAAAAUUCGCGCGCGUAUAAAGUUGUCUCGGAAACUUUUCUUGAACACGAAAAAUGCAGUUUGAGAGGUGUGCCAUACAUAAAUUUCGGAGAUACUUGGAUUACUAUGGCAAAAAAGUCCUCUUAUAAGAAGCUUGUUAAAUACGGAUUUAGGAAAGCGUUUGAAAGUGGAAUUCAAAAUCGGGAAAUUAGAAAACUUUACGUUUCAAAACCAGUUUGUCAUACGUCGGAGAGCAGCUUUGGUAGUGUUGGGUUAAAGGAUUCUUAUUAUGCUUUCGUCAUAUUUGCAAUAGGAAUUGGGACUGCUUUAAUGUUGUUAAUUCUCGAGAUGGUUAUUAAUAAGAAACAACAAGAAAUAAUUACUACUUGGAAAAGUGUUCAAAAUUACGUUAAUAACCGUUUUUUAAGAUCCCCUUACCGUUGGCUAGUCAUCGGGGAUCAAAUAACAAUACCACAAUAUUUAAACAUUUUAUUAGAUAGUCGGUUUUACAUCGCCGAGGAAAAAUCUGGUCGUUACAUUUUAAAAGCGUUGUAUAAACGGACUAAAUAUGACGAUGACUUCAUCAAAAAUGACGUUGGCGAAUGGAGUAGUGGAUUUUUGUAUUAUAACGAAUUAAGUUGGGCGAAAAAUCGAUCUAAUUUAAAUGGAUUAGUUAUGAACAGUUCGUUAAUGACACAUAGAUAUGUUGAAGAUAAUAAUCAAUUAUUGAGGGGGUUAUGGAAUAAUAGAAACAGACACAUUGACACUGAGCUCAAAGUUCAAUUUCGUAAAUGGAAUAACGCAUUAAUUGCAAUAAAUUCUAUCGGAAAUACCACAGUAACCACCACGUGGGGAGAUUACAACGAAACUACUGGUCUUUUUUCCGGUAUGAUUGGCGAUUUGCAAAGUGGUCGAUCAGAUAUCGGUGGUAGCUCAGCUUUCAUUCUAUGGAAUAGAAUCGGAGUGGUCGAUUACGUUUCAGCUGCUUCUUCGCACUCAACUUGUUUCAUUUACAGAGCGCCCUCUUUAUCGGUUGUCUCAAACGUUUUUAUAUUACCAUUCCGACAUUCAGUUUGGGCCGCAAGCUGCGGGUUAAUACUAAUGAUAUGUGUAACGAUGUACGUAAUCAUCAAGUGGGAAUAUAAAGAUGAAGAAUUUUUAGAAAGUUUACAACCAACAUCGAAUAUUUUGCUACCAUAUUUUUCGGACGUGUCAGUUUUAACUUUCGGUGGAGUUUGUCAACAAGGAACCGAAGCAGAACCAAGGAGCGUUUCGGGACGUCUUACAAUGUUAAUCUCUUUUAUUGCUCUAAUGUUUUUAUACACGGCAUAUUCGGGUACUAUUGUGGCAAUGCUCCAAUCAAGCAGUGAAACUGUUAAUUCAAUCGAAGCCUUUUUGUAUUCAAAAAUUGAAUUGGGCGUUGAAAAUGUUACAUAUAUGCCUACAUUUUUUCGGAAUCUCACCGAACCAAUUAGAAAAGCUAUUUACGAAAAGAAAAUUGCUCCUCAAGGAAAAUUUAAACAUCUAAUGGACGCUGAAGCUGGAAUUAAAAAAGUACGAGAAGAAUUUUUUGCUUUUCACAUGGAACCAUCAGCAGCUUACACCAUUAUUCGACGAACGUUUCAAGAAAAUGAAAAAUGUUCAUUGCGGGAACUAUAUGUUUGGACGAUUAGUUUACCAUAUUUAACGGCUGCAAGAAAUUCGUCUUACAGGGAAUUAAUUAAAAUUGGCUUAAGAAAAGUGGAAGAAACAGGUAUUCAUGAUCGCGAAUAUAAAAUAUUGUAUUUGAAGAAACCGGAGUGUCAAGGAGGAGGAAGUACUUUCGCCAAUUUUUAUUAG